GCAGUGGGACACGCCGUGCUGGCCAUCAACGGCGCCGAGGUGAACGGGCGCCUCACGGCCGACGGCAAGGACAUCAUGGAGUUCCUGGGCAACCCCGCCAACUACCCCGUGUCCAUCCGCUUCGGCCGCCACCGCCUCUCCUCCAACGAGAAGCUCAUGCUGGCCUCCAUGUUCCACUCGCUCUUCGCCAUCGGCUCACAGCUGUCGCCCGAGCUCGGCAGCUCCGGCAUCGAGAUGCUGGAGACCGACACGUUCAAGCUGCACUGCUUCCAGACCCUGACAGGGAUCAAGUUUGUGGUCCUCGCUGACCCCAAACAAACGGGGAUCGACUCCCUGCUGCGCAAGAUCUACGAGAUCUACUCCGACUUUGCUCUGAAGAACCCUUUCUACUCGCUGGAAAUGCCAAUCAGGUGCGAAUUGUUUGACCAGAACUUGAAACUUGCCUUGGAGGUCGCAGAAAAGGCUGGAUCCUUUGGGCCUGGAUCGUAGAAAAACCACUGUCGACUGUCCCUGCUCCUGUGUUAAAGAGCAGAGACCCUUCCCCAGCUGCCCCUUCCCCAGCCGCCCUCACCCGGAGCCCCGUCGGGCACGCUAGGGGCUGCAUCUGCCCCAGACGAGCCUCAUCUUCCUCCGCGUGACGCUUCCCCGAGACAGACAUCGUGCUGUUCACCUGGGGCCACAGAGGCUGCUUGUUGUUCUUGGUUGUUGCAGCUCUGCUGUUCCUGAAUGAAAGCCCUGAGUUGCGCUUCUGUGGCCCCUGGCGCAGUCAUGCUUUACUUUGUAAUUGUACAUAUGUAUUUUUCCUGUACAGCUCUAAGUUAUGGUGUCACAGAGUUGCUCUAUGUAGAAACAAUAAACAUUCCCUU